AUGAAGUUCACUUUAGCCGCCGCCUUCAUCUCCACCGUCUUGCUAAGUGUCACCGCUCUUCCUGAGCCUGAGGUGGCCCGUCUCCAACGUAGCACUUGCGACUUUCCUACCGUUCCUCUCCUCCGUGCCUACAGCCCCUCCACUACGGACCACUUCUACACGACCAACGCCACUGAGAUGUACAAUUCGGUGACCGAAGGGUCCUACUAUGCAGAGGGCAUCGCGGCGUUUGUUCAUCCCUACCAGACCCCGAUCACAGUUCCGCUCUACCGCCUCUGGAGCCCUUCCAGGGAGGACCACCUCUACACUACCUCGGCCAGCGAGCGCGACGGCGAUGUCCAGAUCGGCGGGUACAACGAGGAGGGCAUCGCCGCUUACGUGUACGAGACGCAGUUGUGCGGUACCGUACCGCUGUAUAGGAUGUACAGCUACGCGGCCCCCGACCACUUCUACACGACCAGCGAGAUCGAGAAGGACAAUGCCGUUAACUACCUGGGAUACACUUAUGAGGGGAUCGCAGCCUAUGUUAACCCUCUGGCCUGA